AGGGUGGCGUGAGAAAGGAGCAGUGAAGAAAAAAAAGGAAGCUACGCUCCACUGACAAAAGGGCUAGGUGAAGAGGGGGAGGAGAGAUACGGGGAUAGAGUAGUCAGCAACAACCAUGUGGCAAACGGUGACCGAUUAAGGAGAGGAAAGAUAGAACCACAGAACACCUGGGGUAAGGACAGGUCUACACUAGGAAUGGACACAGGCGGCCCCACCUGACGCUGUCCGUUCCCUCUACCAGUGUUUCUCGUUAAAACUACUAAACAGCCAGGAAAGCAUGGAAUAGACAGCCUCACGUCCUAAUUAAAGUUCAGACAGCCAGAAGGAGGGGGAGGGACAGACCAACAGGCAGACGACAGAGAGCUCGAUUCUACAGGCCUGUACGGGACUGAGGAACUUGGAAAGGGACAGAGGUGGACAAGCCCACAUAAAUACAGGGGUCCAUCUCACAUACCCCAGGCUUUCCCCUUCUGCUCUGCCGGCUGUCUCGGAAUGUUUCGGCGCAAGAAGAAGAGGAGGCCUGAGAUCUCGGCGCCACGGGAUUUCGAACACCGCGUCCACACGUCUUUCGACACGGCCAAGGGCUGCUUCGUGGGGCUACCACCUCAGUGGCAGAGUGUCAUAGAAACCCUGAGAAGGCCCAAACCAGUGGUGGACCCCUCUAGGAUCACCAAUGUAGAGCUUCGGCCUAAGAAGACUAUGGUGCGGGGGAGUUUCAUCGGACAUGGAGACUACAUAGCUCAGGUCAUCGCUGAGAUGACCAAAGUUUCCGUCACCAGCUCCAACUCCCUCCGAAGGAGCAGUCCAUCAGCACGGAAACGAGCCCAAUCCAUGGGCCGCCUGGGCGAGCUCAUCGAGGGAGACACGUAUGAAUACCAACUACAGACCCUCCAUAAAGCUGGAGGGAACUCUACCUGCUGGCAGGAUAGGGUAAGGCAAGUGCGCAGCGAAAGCGGUAGCCCCAAACUCGUCUCCAAGAAGAGCUCCACCCUGCAGCCCAAUGGGGUACUGCCAAGGGCGAAAUCAUCGUACGAGAUGGAAACAUCCUCAAUUGGUAAUCCAGCGCUACUACCACGGACAUCAAUCUCAACCACACCAAGAGAAGGCGGGACUAUGGGUCAUCGGACUACGGAUAGGCUGGGAAAACAGACAAAUAUGGACAGGACAGCCAAUCAGAGGCCAUCUUCCUGCGUCUAUAACUUGCAGACUGGAAAACAGGCUGGGGCGAAUGUUAGGGCCAAGCCAGCCGUCAAUCACAUGCCCGACCUACUCUCCACAUCCAAGGAAAUGCCCAGGAGACCUCACUCAUCCUAUGACCUGAAGGUGAACUCCUCUGGCUUUUCUCCACUGCCCCUACCCAAUGGCACCAGCAGCCCAAUAGCAGGUCGCGAACGAACAAACAGACCAUUGCGCCCCUCUUCCAGCUGCACUAUCGGCCUGUCCCCCGUCAUAAACACGGGCCAGGACGCCUCCCAAUCCCUCCUCCCCAAACAAGAUAGCCCUUCCCAACCUAGGCCUUCACCCACAGGCUCCCCAGCCACCAGCUCUGUCAGAGGAUAUGCCCCCUCUCUCAGACCGGCCCAGCAGGCCAAACUCAGGCCCGGUCCGGAGCCGGAAACAGCCAAGGUGACCCACGAGCAGUUCAAGUCAGCCCUUCAGAUGGUGGUGGACAAAGGUGACCCGCGAAUCCUGCUGGAAAACUUUGUGAAGAUCGGAGAGGGCUCCACCGGGGUGGUCUGUAUCGCCCGGGAGAAGCACAGUGGGCGGCAGGUGGCGGUGAAGAUGAUGGAUCUAAGGAAGCAGCAGCGCAGGGAGCUGCUCUUUAAUGAGGUGGUCAUUAUGAGGGACUACCGUCACCAGAAUGUAGUGGAGAUGUACAGGAGUGCCCUGGUAGAGGAGGAGCUAUGGGUUAUCAUGGAGUACCUGCAGGGCGGUGCUCUGACCAACAUUGUUAAUGAAACCAGGUUAAAUGAAGAGCAGAUAGCCACUGUGUGUGAGGCUGUUCUGCAGGCCCUAGCCUAUCUGCACUCCCAAGGGGUGAUACACCGAGACAUCAAAAGUGACUCCAUAUUGCUUACUUUGGACGGAAGGAUCAAGCUAUCAGACUUUGGAUUCUGUGCACAGAUCAGCAAAGACAUCUCUAAGAGGAAGUCCCUGGUUGGAACCCCCUACUGGAUGGCCCCAGAGGUCAUCUCAAAGACGCCAUAUGGAACUAAGGUGGACGUCUGGUCCCUGGGCAUCAUGGUGGUGGAGAUGGUGGACGGAGAGCCGCCCUACUUCAGUGACACACCAGUGGCAGCUAUGAAGAGAUUAAGAGAUGAGCCGGCACCAACUGUCAAGAACACACAGAAGAUUUCUCCUGUGUUGAAGGACUUCCUGAACUGCAUGCUAACCAGGGACCCUGAGGAGCGUGCUAGUGCCAGCGACCUGCUGGAACACCCGUUUCUCCUGCAGAGCGGCUCGCCUCGGUGUUUGGUGCCCCUGGUGGAGCAGUACCGCAAACGCAUGUCUCGCAGCUGACCUGGUGGAGCCGACAACCUAAAGCAGAACCCAAUGACUUCUGAGCCUCUGUUAAGUCCCAUAGCCGAGUAAACAGGAAUUUAAGAGAAAGCACUUGGGGGCGAAAAGCCUUCUUUUCUUCACAUAGCUUCAUAGUACCUUUUGCAUACUCUCAUUCUCUCCUCUCUUCUCUUAAUUUCAUGAAUUUUUCAUGUUUAUACCGCAUGUCUGCGGUGUUGUCAGAGGGCCACUGAUCGAUAACCAUUUACUGACAUUGCACAUCUUAUUACAUCCGAUCAGCAUUCCUUUCCUUAUCUAAACUUUCCUGUAUCUCUCAUAACAUUUCUGUACCUGUCCCUUUGUAAAUAUGAAAAGGCUAUAUAUUUUUACAUUUCAGAGUUGUUCAUCAAAAGUAAAAUGCAAGUUUGCACAAUUUAACAUUGUGUUACUAAUAAAUGGCCAACAACAUGUAAUAACGUUUUGUAUGUUUGCAUAUUGUAAAUGUGAAUAAAUCAAAUGUUAUCGAAUCUUUCUAGUGAUUUCUUGUGGGCAAAGUCUUAGUUAAUUCAUCAGUAUUGUUAUUGACGUGUUGAACUCGCUACGAUCUUAACAGAUAUUCGAACACAGUUGUUCACCAGUUAAGGUUUUGUAGGUCAGGUCUGACAGCGCAAAUAAUAUGUAUUGUAUUCCAAAUGUACUUCUUUCAAUUAACAUGUGGUAUAGUUGUGUCUUUCAAUCAAUAGGAUCACUAACAGUCAAACAUUACAUCACGAAACAUACAAAGAGGAAACAAAGAUUCUAAGGGAAUGUGUAGAAACCUGUUCCUAGGACCAUGAGAAAAACCUGAGUUUAUGAUGAAAUAUUGUAAUCACCUACAAGACAGUAUAACAAACAGCCUCUGGUAUCAACCUGAGACACUCCUCUGUGAAGCGCAUUGUGUUGC